AUGCCGACCGAACUUCCCUACGCCGCGGACGCACAUGUCUCCUUGACUUACGAUGAGCUCAAAGUGUUGAAGAUUCAAUACGAGAAGGAGCUCAGCCAGGAUCAUGUCACCGUCCAGACCAAGUUCAAUUACGCGUGGGCGCUCGUAAAGAGCCCAUUGAGAGAACAGCAGGUUGAGGGCGUGCGGUUGCUGCAAGAAAUAUAUCGCGCCGAGCCAUCGCGGCGGCGUGAAUGUCUAUACUAUCUUGCGCUGGGUCAUUACAAGAUGGGCAAUUUCGAGGAAGCGAGGAACUUCAAUGCGCUGCUUCUUGACAAAGAGCCAACGAAUAUGCAGGCGCACUCACUUGGUGUGCUGAUUGACAAUGGAGUCAAGCGAGAAAGUUACAUUGGCAUGGCCCUCGUAGGCGGCGCGGCUGCAUUAGGCACGCUCAUCGUCGCAAAUCUCAUACGGCGAGCAACCCGCAAAUAGUCCUUCCCUGUCUCCCAGUGCUCAUCUCCUCUCUUCCUGCUUGCCUCUACUCUCAAUUCACUGCAUCGUGUAUAAAUUCCUGCCAAUCGAUUGCUCCCUUGUCCGCCACCCACGUUCUCCCGCUGUUUGACGACUUCUCUUGAUGACCGCAUGGGCAUGGCUCUUCCUCGUAACGUAUCCUCGUAACCUAUUAUGGCUCCUCCUCACCACUCAAACUUUACCUUGCAACCCAUGUUAUCCCUAUGAUUAUGAUGAAAUAGCAGCAAGUGAUGUGUAGCAU